CGUCUUCUCCGCUGUCCGCGAGUCGCGUCUAGAUGGCGCACAGGUAAAAACAAGCGAAGAACGGUUUAACAGCUGCCUUGAUACCUUGCUUAGUCGACCGUCUACUGUUUAAGAAUAGAGUGACCGCGCGUGUGUAAGACUGUUUUAAAUGUGCGACACGGGCACCGGCGCGCCGUCGGAUUUCCACACGUGAAAAACGACCGAAUCGGGUGAACGUGUGAUGUAAAUAUGCAAGAAAACAAGGGCGAAAUGUCACCGAAGCCGAACGAGAUGCCUGGCGGCAACCAGCUGAACCUGAUGAUUCAGGAGAACCUGUUACAACGUUCCAUUCAAAAUGUGGCCCUUUCCCUGCAGAAUGCCAUGAUGAAUUCCCUGCAGCAAGCCGCGCUUCUGCCGGCGAACUCAGCCGCAGCAGCUGCAUUGAACCUUCAGGCGUUAGAGUCGUACCUAACCUUACAAAGACUGAGUACGGUGUCGGCAAACGUUCAAAGCAACUCCGGGAGGAUAGAUAUCCUCAAAAUCGCCACGAAUACCGCCAAAAUCAAUGAGGAAACGAUCAGCAAUGAAGAAGAAACCACCAACAACACCAGCCUCACUGAAGACGUGGACCUGGCCGAAGAGGUCGAAGAAGAUUUGGCCCUCCUGGACAAUGACGAAGCUCUCAACAACUUCCCUUUGCCCUCGUCUCCUGUGGACACGUCGUACCCCAGCCUAAUAAUGAACUCUGUGUACCAGAACCCCUCCAGUUCGCCUCCUGGUGUGUCAUCCUCAACAACAAGCUCAACUGCGACCAGCGGCGUAACGACGACAAGGCAGAAAGGGAGCUCGAGACCCAAGAAACAGUUCAUUUGCAAAUUUUGCAGCAGACAAUUCACCAAGAGUUAUAAUUUGUUGAUUCACGAACGGACUCACACGGACGAAAGGCCGUAUUCCUGUGAUAUUUGUGGAAAAGCUUUUAGGCGGCAAGAUCAUCUUAGGGAUCACAGGGUACAUCCACAGUAAAGAAAAACCCUUCAAGUGCACGGAAUGUGGCAAGGGCUUCUGCCAGUCCCGCACGCUAGCAGUCCACAAGAUCCUGCACAUGGAGGAGUCCCCGCACAAGUGUCCCGUAUGCAGUAGGUCCUUCAACCAGCGUUCCAACCUGAAAACCCACCUGCUGACCCACACGGACAUCAAGCCCUACAAUUGCUCGGCGUGCGGAAAGGUGUUCAGGCGGAACUGCGACCUGCGCAGGCACAGUCUGACCCACAACCUGGGCACAAGUGGAUCGUCGCCAGGAGGAAGUGGGACAAGCAGUGCGGGGGGACAGGGGUUUAGUAUAGACAGUCUGAUGAGUAAAGUGGCCGCAACUGCGGCUGCAAGUAAAUAAAAGGUUGUGAGUGUCAUUUUACCACAGUGAGUGUGUUAUUUAUCAAGAGUUGUGGGUAAUUUGAUGCAACUUUGUUUUCCUGUGUGGGUAAAGCAUUGUUAUCGAUAUAAUCAUACACAUGCUGCUCCCUAGACGUAGCGCAAUAACUCAAGAAAUUAUUUUGUGGACUACUAUAAACAUAUCUGGUCCGACCUGUGACGGUUUCAAAUAAUCGCCUUGUCUUGAGACAGAUUUUUAAAUAAUAGUCUGACUCUGAAAGUCUGGUUUUAUUGGUGCAAGUUGUUCAAGAGAGUAUUUAAAACAUACGCGUAUAAAAUGGGUACACCAAAUUUUGACUCAUAUAACAACAAAAUUGGACUAUAUUGGUCAAGUAGUUUUUUGAGUAAGUCUAAUUGUUUUUCACAAAACACCUGUUUUCCGGUCAACACUAUUAGUAUAUUGAGCAAUAUACAGGGUUCGUUCAUAGAGCAUAUAAUAAAUAGCAAAAUACACGUGUUUACCUUGGCGAUAUGA